AAUCAUCUUGCGACGACCUUCGAGUGCUCGCAACCUCUGUCAGUGAACGAUACCCCUGAAGCGUUGCCAUUCAGGUGAGUGACGCUCUCCGAUUUUCAUGUCCAUUAUAAGUGAUAACCUUGUUAGGCCAAUACUAUGAGUUCUAUUGAAGUCAGUGAGAAUGUUCGUAGACGUAGGGCCACUGUAAACUUGUCACGUUCCCUUGUCUGUCAUAGAUCCACUUAUAACAGAAGAUGGAAUAAAAUGAGAGCUGCUUUAAUGAAAAAUAUGACUUUCUUUCGUUCAGUGAGUUUGCUAAUGAAAGCGCAAUCAAAGUUGAUAGCAGUCGAGAGAGAAAUUAAUUGUAAUGAGAAUCUUUCAACUGUUGCACCGUCCACUAGGUGCAGCAAUCAAAGGCUUCUAGAUAAUAAUGGAUGUAAUGACGUUAAUGUACUAACAUUUCCUGAAGGUGCAUUGAAGCGUAAAGAAGGAUUUCUUUACAAUUCAGAAGACAUGGAUGUUGCCGAGAUGCAGGCUGGAAACAGCCACGUACAAUAUCCGAGAUUUCGGUUGUUUGAUAGAGUCACCUCGCCAAUUGCCAAUUCGACACCAUUAGAUACAUCACCGUCAACAUUAGAAUCUAAGCACUUAGAUUGUGCUUUAGCGGCCCAAUUUGAUAGGUUGUAUACGAUGAUGCAGAACAUAUCGUCAGCUAUUAUUGACUUGAGUAAAAAUGUAAAGCUGCUAUUAGCAAAGCUCAGUGAACGCGAAAAUCCUCAUCAUUUCGAUUGCGGACUAUCAAGUCAGCAGUUCCCUUUGUCAUCUGAAGAGGAACUGCAGAUGUUGGACACUGAUUUGCAGCAGAAAGAAAUGAGGGACAGAUUUAUGGCCAUGGUAACGAGGUUAAUGGAUAAUAAUCCUAAAACCUCAAUGCGAUAUAUAUUGUCGUACCUCAUGACACCUGAGGUUGCCAGCAAUUUCACGCUACUUGGCACUUCUUCAAAACGAGCACUUCAGAAAUGCCGGUUUUACGGCUGCAUACGAAGUGCAUUAACAAAUCGCUUUUCGUCAUCAUCUGUCAAAGAAAAAGACCUUGCGAAACUGUACGAUAUCGCGACACAAGGUUAUUUUCACGACAUCAGAGACAAACUGACGAAGCGUCAUAGGAGGAAACAAGAUCAGUUCCAGUCGACUGUCUUAACGAACAUAACCGUGAGUUAAGCGUCAAGUAUUUGGCUUUGCCAAAGCAUGUCAUUCAGAUAUCGUUGUAACUUCUUUUGUUUUUUUACACAUGAGGAUUCACAGGUAGAUUAUUUUUAUUCUCAAUAGCCGAACAUGCAUGGUUGAAUGAUGUAGUCGGUGAAAUGUUUUCUAUGUUCUACUUAUUUUUCAAUAAAAGUUAUAUUGUGAAUAAGCUUACUUCCUAUAUGGGGAACUAAUUAAAUGUUAAGGAAGUGUGUUUGAUUGCCAGUGAACUUGCGAUUGAACACACGCCUUAUUAAUAAUACAUCACCUGUUUUCUUUUGCAGAUCUUUUCAAAUAACAAUGAAUUGGCAAUUACAAUGAAAAUGCAUAACGAUUUGAAUGAGAUGCAUGCACACUUCAGACAGACUUAAAUAUUAUAAUUAAUUGGUGUAAAGAGUGGCUGACGCCUAUCAACACGACAAAGCGUGUCUACAUACACUUUGUGGAUGCGAAGGUAAAUAAGUACAGCAUAGGAGAAGUGCCUGUACCCGUGGUCCGGUUUCACAAGGAUCUUGAGAUGGCAGUUAGCCAUAAUAUUAAGACCACGGGCCAUUGCCAGGAGGUUGUUAUACCAUUGGUACACAAUGUGGAUGCAUAGGUUGGAUGAUUUCUAUGAUGUAGGACAUUCGUUUGUCUACUAUUAGCAAUUUAACUGUUUUGAUACUGCGUUUGUAGUAUAGAAGGUUAUCUUUUUUCUUUCUGUAGAACACUCAAUGAAAGUUUAGUACCAACCUGAUGUACUUGACCAAUACACACAAGCAAUUGUUAAAAAUUGAAAGUUAUUUGAUAAUUUGUACUUUUUAAAACUUUAAUAAACAUCGUCAUUCAUAA